AUGGCUUCUGAGCAAAUGCCUCGCAGAGAAGAUAACCUUGAGAAACACAUUGCUGAUGAAAAAAAGAGUGAUGAGAAGGAGAAAGAGAGAGAGUUGUUCUCUGAUAGAGCCAGGUCUGCGAAUAUAGUGAAAGACAAAGAGGGUGAAGAAAGAAGAAGAGAAAGGGAAGGUGGCGGUGUUCAUCAGGUGGGGAAGUUUGAAUUGAAAGUUGGAGAGAAGGGUUCGGGGGAAGAACAAAAACUGGAGGAAAGAACAAGAGAGGUAGUAGGAAGAGAGAACAAAGGGGAGAAACAAAGAAGCGGUCCAAGAGGGCAAGUAGUGGCAGAGAAACCGAUAACACUGGGGGAAACAAGAGAGGAGGCUAAAGCAAGAGAAAAAGCUGAAACCAAAGGUCAAACCAAAGAGGAUGGUGGUAAAGGAAAAGGAAGAGAUCAAAGAGAAGGAUCAGGACCAAGAGAAGAGAAUAAACAACCUAGCUUGGAAGAGAUUUCCAAGUACAGAGCUGAGGCUCAACAAAAAUCAAUGGAUGCAAUUGCACAUGCUCAAGAGAGAUACGAGAGAGAAAAACAAGCACUUAAAAAGGUUGGUGGCCAGGAACAAGGAAGAGGAAGAGAGAAAGGAGAAGAGAAUGAACAACCUAGCUUCGACGAGAUCUCCAAGUGCAGAGCUGAAGCUCAACAAAAAGUUAAGGAGAGAGAGAGAGAAAAACAAGCAGCAAGUGAGGCACAAAAUAGAGAUGAAACUCAACAAAAGGCUAAGGAAAGAGAGGCACAAAAUAGAGCUGAAACUCAACAAAAGGAUAAAGAGAGAGAGAGAGAAAAUCAAGCAGCAGCACAAAAUAGAGCUGAAACUCAACAAAAGGCUAAGGAGAGAGAGAGAGAAAAACAAGCUGAAACUCAACCGAAGGCUAAAGAGAGAGAGACACAAAACAGAGCUGAAACUCAACAAAAGGCUAAGGAGAGAGAGAGAAAAAAUCAAGGAGCAAGUGAGGCACAAAAUAGAGCUGAAACCCAACAAAAGGCUAAGGAGAGAGAGAGAGAAAAACAAUCUGAAACUCAACAAAAGGCUAAAGAGAGAGAGGCACAAAAUAGAGCUGAAACUCAACAAAAGGCUAUGGAAAGAGAGAGAGAAAAUCAAGCAGCAAGUGAGGCACAACAUAGAGCUGAAGCUCAACAAGAGGCAAUGGAGAGAGGGGCACAAAAUAUAGCUGAAACUCGACAAGAGGCAAUGGAGAGAGGGGCACAAAAUAGAGCUGAAACUCGACAAAAGGCUAAGGAGAGAGAGAGAGAAAAUCAAGCAGCAAGUGAGGCACAAAAUAGAGCUGAAACUCAACAAAAGGCUAAGGAUAGAGAAAGAGAAAAAAAAGCAACAAGUGAGGCACUAAAUAGAGCAACUCAAACUGCAAAAGAUCAAAACAUGCAGGCAAAGGAGAAGGCAGCACAGGCAAAAGAUGUCACAAUAGAGAAGGGUCAACAAGGCUAUGUUGGAGCAAAAGAUGAGGCAAAAGAGAACGUUCAGAAGGGAUAUGAUGAAGCAAAGGACACAGUUACUGGGAAGGACAAGUCUGCUGGUGACACCACUGCUCAGUAUGAUGGAGAAAAAGCAAUGCAAGCCAAAGAUGCUACUGUGGAAACUGGCAAGAGUGCUGCCAAAAUGGCUGAGGAUUUGAAGGACAAAGCUACAGUGGCAGGAUGGAGUGCUGCACACUAUUCUACUGAGAUGACUGUGGAAGGAACCAAGGCUGCAACCAAUGUUGUUAAGGGAGUAGCCCAGUAUGCAGGCCAGAAGGCUUCUGAGCUUGCAGCCAUGUCGGUGGAUACUGCUAAAGGUUUAGCUGCUGCAGCUGGUGACACAGCUAAGGAGUACACUGCAAGGAAGAAAGAGGAGGCAGAAAGGGAUGUGGAGGCCAAAAGAGUAGCUCAAAAUCAGGGACAGCUAGAACAACCUCAAGUGAGAAGAAUGGAAGGUGGGUUAGGCCAAGUGCAAGGUCCAGAAGGAAAAAAGGGAAGAGAGACAAUGACAGAAAGGGAACAGAAACCGUUUAAAAACAUCACAGGGAAAAGCUUUGAGGAAAGGAUAGAACCACGAGGUUUGCAAGAGGAAAGUGAGGCAAGGACAAGCAUUGGUGAAAGAUUAGGCAAUGUUGCACAAACAAUGAAGAAGCCAUUGGAUAAAGCCACUGAGGGAGGGAGGGAGGUGUUGGGAGCUGUAGGUGAAACUGUGGUUGAGAUUGGAGAAAACAUGGCGAAACCAGCGCAGAAAGUGCAUCAGCAAGGUGAAGAGGGAAAAGGGGGAGGGAUGUUGAAUGCUAUAGGUGAAACCAUAGCAGAAAUCGCAGAGACAACUAGAGUGAUUGUUGCUGGAGAGGGUGAAUUAGAGUCAAGAUCACAUGAGUACGAUCAUGGGAAACAAGGAAACUUAAAACGUGAUUAG